AUGCUCCCAGCAGCCGGCGCGCAGGCUAUUCCCGGAGGGCAAUCUGGAAUGCCAGGCAACGAGAUGCGGAUCCCGGGUUUUUGGAAGUACGUCGAUGUAUUUUGGGGACAUGCCACCGCCGAACGAUGGGAAAAGGCGGUCUUUAAUAAUCCAAAUGAUCCCGAGGCUCCUGUCAAUGAUUGCACCAACAUGAUCUGUCUUCGAAAGGACCUUCGCGCGGCUUGGCUGGAUGCACUCUUCGCCCUCCGCCCCGUUUCCCUCUCCAACGACAAGACCGAAAUGGUGAUCGAGUCGUACUGGCAACCGCAGUACACACACAGGCCGUUUGAGACCAUCCCGAUCACCACAGCAGCUCUGUCUUCCGAAAGCUCCAUUGGCGUGAUCGGAAUGGCUGUGAUGGUGGGAGAAGGAGACCAAAGACGGCCCAUCGAGUCGGGUUACCGAUUCAAGAUGACUACCCAUACAGCUACGGGCAUCCGCGAUACGUCGAGGAAGGUAUUGUGGUGA